AUGCCCCCAGCUGCCACUUCCGUUCUUCCUGCUCAGGAGCCCCCAACCACGGAAACUCACAAUUCCGCUGUAGCACUCAAGGAUCGGCUUUCAAGAUGGAAGACUCGUCUUGAAGCCUUGACGGAGAUUCAUUUGCCUACAGAUUAUCCUCGUCCGAUUCCCUUACAGGUCGUUGAGGCAGUCCAUUCCCUCCAACUCACGGAGCAGGCUUCACUCUCGUUGUUACAGGCUAGUAUGGCAAUUAUGGCAUCAGGAGCACAGACACCAGCAUCAUCGGCUGCAUUGACUCAUGCCUCGCCUUUUACAAUCUUGCUCGCUGCAUUUGCGAUUUUGUUGCAUCGUUAUACUGGUGACGAAGAUAUGUCGAUCGGAUCCUCAUCAGAGUCCCGCAAUCCUGUUGUCCUUCGUCUUGGAGUCAGUCCUAAUCAGACUUUCCGUGAAGUUGUCGAGCAGACACAACUUACCGAGAAGGAUGCAACAAACGACGAAGUUCCUUUCACCAGUCUGUUGGCCCAUCUCUUCCCAAACACCGCAGAUACUUUACAUCAACAGCAACAACAUCAACAACAGACAACGCCUUCUCUAUUUCGUGUCCGCUUUUUUAACGAGCUUGAUAGGCCUUCAGAUCAUGUCCUUAACUCUACCUCUGCAACCACAGAUCUGACCAUCACCGUGAUUUCUCAUGCCAGCUCCUCCUUGCGCUUUGGUCUCUUGCCAGAUAUCGAGCUCAAGGUUUCUUAUAAUCAAGUCCUCUUCUCCUCGAAGCGUAUUCAACAUAUCUUGGAUCAACUGGUUCAGGUGUUAAACAUUGCAGGGCCUCGUCCCGAUAUCUUGGUCAGUGAUAUCGACAUUGUCACCCCAACUUGCCGCGAGGUUCUCCCGAACCCAUCUGCCGACUUGUAUUGGUCGAGUUGGCCUGGAGCCAUCCACGAUAUCUUUGCAAGGAACGCCAAGGCCUUCCCCAACCGUGAAUGUGUGUUCGAACGCAGAGAUGUGUUGGCUCAAGAUGGAUCGGGUAGAGUUCUAGGUCAGCAAAAGUAUGUCUUUACGUUUGGACAGCUUCAUGAGGCCUCCAAUCUUGUCGCACAUGCCUUGGUCAAAGGCGGCAUUGAGCCAGAAGAUGUCGUGAUGGUGUAUGCCUACCGUGGCGUGGACCUUGUCAUCGCAGUUAUGGCAGUUCUCAAGGCCGGCGCCACUUUCAGUGUUAUUGAUCCUGCAUACCCUCCAACCCGCCAAAAGGUUUACCUCUCCGUCGCGCGGCCUCGCGGUCUUAUCGUUCUUGCUCAUGCAGGCAUUUUGGAUGCAUCUGUUCGCUCCUACAUUGAGGAAGGCGAGGAUUUCCAGCUCAAGUGUGAGAUUCCAGGUUUACAAAUCACCAGCGAUGGUCAGGUCUUAGGUGGUCAGACUAGCCAAGGGGUGGAUGUCCUGGAUGCUGUCAGGAGUCUGGCGGCUCAGGAUGUUGGUGUCGUCGUAGGUCCUGACAGUAUUGGAACACUCAGUUUCACUAGUGGAAGCACUGGUAUUCCUAAAGGUGUCCGCGGUCGUCACUUCUCAUUGACACAUUAUUAUACUUGGAUGCAGCAAGAGUUUGGUCUCAGCAGUGAGGAUCGUUUCACGAUGCUCUCUGGUAUUGCGCAUGACCCAAUCCAGCGUGAUAUUUUCACGCCUUUGUUUCUAGGUGCUCAAUUGCACAUCCCUACGACGGAGGACAUUGGUAUUCCUGGUCAACUUGCGGUUUGGAUGCAGAACAGUGCAGUUACUGUCACACAUUUGACUCCAGCAAUGGGUCAGCUCUUGACUUCGCAUGCCCAAAAUCCUGUUCCCUCGCUCAAGAAUGCGUUCUUUGUCGGCGACAUCUUAACCAAACGUGAUGUCCAUCGCUUGCAAAAGAUCGCAGCCAACUGCAGAACGAUUAACAUGUACGGCACAACCGAGACUCAGCGUGCAGUUUCGUACUACUCCAUCCCCGCUAUUGCGAUCGAGCCCUUAUUUCUCAGCUCAGAGAAAGAUGUCAUGCCUGCAGGACGGGGUAUGUUGAAUGUUCAGCUCUUGGUCAUCAAUCGUGUCAGCAGAAAACUCUGUGGUAUCGGUGAAGUCGGGGAGAUAUAUGUCCGUGCUGGAGGUCUUGCAGAAGGAUAUUUAAGAUUAGAAGAAGCUACUCAGGAAAAAUUCUUGGCUAACUGGCUUGGCGAAAACUUGGCUGCCCCCGGCGCUGAAGAGUCGAAUGGCAAGCCCGAGUGGAAUGGACAUUGGAAGGGACGUCGUGACCGCCUUUACCGCACGGGCGACCUUGGUCGUUAUAGACCUGAUGGAAAUGUGGAAUGUUCUGGUCGUGCAGAUGAUCAGGUCAAGAUUCGUGGCUUCCGUAUCGAGCUUGGUGAGAUUGAUACUCAUCUGUCUCAGCACCCCUUGGUUCGUGAAAAUGUAACAUUGGUCCGUCGUGACAAGAACGAGGAGCAGACCUUGGUCAGUUAUUUCAUCCCUGUAGCGCCUAGUGGAGACGAGAUCUUCAUGAGCAGUGCAGAUGAAGGCGAUGACAAAGAUGGCGGUUCUGAACGCAAGAGACGUUACCGCCGCUUGAUCCGUGAUAUUCGUGAGUGGCUCAAGGUUAAAUUACCUGCUUAUAGUGUCCCUAGUGUGUUUGUGCCUCUGACCAGAAUGCCUCUGACCCCCAAUGGCAAGGUCGACAAGAAUGCACUCCCCUUCCCAGAUACCCCACAGUUUAAUUUCAAUAGCAGCACCUCCGGUCCAACUUCUUCAGCUGAUGCAUCCUCGGCUCCAUCAAAUGCCCCAGCCAUGAAUCCCACUCAGCUGGCAAUUCACAACAUCUGGAAACAACUUUUGCCCUCGACUCCAACUUAUAUUCCUCUAACCGAGAACUUCUUUGAUAUUGGUGGCCAUUCCAUUUUGGCGACGAGAUUGAUUUUCGAAGUCCGUCGUGUCUGCUGCGUAGAUGUCCCAUUGAACUUGGUCUUCCGUGAACCCACGAUCGGAGGUAUGGCCAAGGAGGUCGCUCGUGUCAGUUUGGAUACUUUGCAGAUCGAUGUAGAUCAGCCUCAGGAUGAGGAUAAUAACAAUACGGCUGAGGAGGAAGAGAAGGAGUUUGACUACAGUGGCGAUCUUGAGGCCCUCCUCACGACCGAGAUUCAGGAUGCUUACCUUCGUGUCGAACGCCCUGAUCCUGUCAACUACCAGACCUUCUUCUUAACAGGCGCCACUGGAUUCUUGGGAGCUUUCAUCCUCAGGAACUUGCUAACUCAACAUCCAACUUCUCGAGUGAUAUGCUUGGUUCGUGCUUCGACCUCUGAAAAAGCCAUGGACCGUGUCCGAUCGUGUGGAUUGGCACAUUUGAUCUGGGAUGAGGCCUGGGUGGAAUCAGGUCGUCUCUCUGUGGUAAUGGGUGACUUGAGUCAGGAUCAAUUUGGACUGUCAAACGAGGACUGGGACAAGUGCUGUCGUCAGGUGGAUGUAAUUGUGCACAACGGGGCACUCGUUCAUUGGGUCUACCCUUAUCCCAAGCUUCGUGCCGCCAAUGUCUUGGGAACUUUGCAAGGCCUUAAGAUGGCGUCGACUCAUCACACUAAAUCCUUCCACUUUGUUUCCUCGACUUCUGUCCUUGAUACAGCCCACUAUACUGAACUCUCAGACGUCCGCGCGGAUAGUGAUCGCCGUGGCGUUUAUGAAUCUGAUGAUCUCGAAGGUGCUCGCUACGGUCUCCGUAGCGGUUAUGGUCAGUCCAAGUGGGUAGCAGAGAAGCUGAUCAUGGCCGCGAAUGCGAAGGGUCUUCCAGUGACAAUUAUUCGCCCUGGUUACGUCCUGGGCCACACUCGAACUGGCGUCACGAACACAGAUGACUUUAUAUGGCGUCUGAUCAAGGGCUGUAUUGAGCUCGGCCAGGUGCCUAACAUCAAUAACGCUGUGAACCUCUGUCCUGUCGACUAUGUGGCUCAGUGUGUGACCUCAGUCGCUACCACUGCUGGCUCAGAACAAGAGAUGGUCUACCAUGUCACUCACCCGAUUGCUCCACCUUUCCGCUUCAACGAUUUCUUCCAGCUCCUUAUCAAGUUUGGUUACGAUGUUCAGAUGACAGAGUAUAUUGCCUGGCGCACAGCUUUAAUGGAGUACACUCUCAAGAGUCAAGACAGUGCCCUUUAUCCUCUAUUACACUUGGUUAUGGAUGAUUUGCCAACAUCCACAAAGUCGCCUGAGUUGGAUGACUCUCAUACUCAGAAGAUAGUGAUCCAAAAUAGCGCCAACAAUGGUAGUGAAUUCAGUACAACGCCCAGAAUGGAUACUGAGCAAAUUGGAAUCUACCUGGCAUACAUGAUUAAGGUCGGCUUUUUGGAUAGACCCACACGCUCAGGUGAUGAGACCUUAGCUCUGCCUGAGAUCAAGGAGGAUGUCCGUAUUAUUGAACGUAGCCGCGCUUAAAAAAAGAAAAUGGAUAGAAAGACAACAUCAACAUAAUACUGUACAACAAUUUUCAUAAUAUCAGAAUAUGCAUAUUAUUGUGAUAAUUGGUGAUACCAUUUUUCUUUAUUAUUGUCAUUGCUGUGGGAUGAGGAAGAGAGAUCGUCAAU